GAGAGAGAGAGAGAGAGAGAGAGAGAGAGAGGGAGGAAGUCACAUCCAGGGUGUGUGGGCAGAGAAAGAGUGAAUGAAAGUUGGAGAUUGGAGAAGAGACAGGGAGACAAGUGUACAGUACUUUGAGGUGAGACCCUUAUGUCUCUAUUCUCAUCCACUUAAACAACUGACGACUCACUUCGAGGCUUAAAUCUAAUUAGAAAACCUACUGCAGACUGUUUAACCUGGACAUACAGCACACUGCACCACAGUGGUUUGGAGGUUAUACCAAUGGAUACUCUUAUAGCAGCAUCGGUUGUACUGCGCUGCCAUUUCACUUACGAACACAUGGAAACUGUACGACAGAAGGAGGUGUACAGUGAUCAUGGCAGCCAAUAAGAGAAUGACCACCAGGACGGACUGCAUUUACUCCACUAUCAACAGGCUAAAUAAGGGCUGUCUUGGUGAGAGAAGUAGUAUCCAAAUCGCUUCGGUGGAAAACAAGAGAGCCGAGCAAAGAAGAGAGGGGGCACCAAAGCGCCCCUUCACCCCAUUAGAAAACCUGAGCAACCAGGGGGAAGAAUCACCUGUGAUGGCUCACAGGAGGUCGACCUUUGACCCUCACAGCAAUGACAACACUCUCUUGGUAGGCAACAAGCUCCCCAGAUCCAAUAGAGGCAACAUCAAGGACAAGAUUUCUCUGUGGGAGGGGAAGGAACCCCCUCAUGCACCUAUUACCUCAGGUUCUUUGGGCCAGUGUGCCAGCGUAAAAAGGACAGAAUCCCUGACAAGAAGCAACAGUACAGCUUCUGAUGAGCAUAGCGCAGGGAGCUGCAGGAGAGUAGCCCAUAAAGAAAAGGAAAAUCUUGGGAAAGAGAAUGUAGGAAAACUUGGGGAUUCAAGGCCCUCUUCACCAGUUGAAACUGGGAAACAGCAAAGAGGGACGCUCAAGAGCAGCCAGCCCAGUGAGCACCAAAAAGGGGAGGAUUGUGACAGAGUUGUCCAUUUGGAAAAGCAAGAUCACGAGAAAGAGAAUGUAGAAAAGCUUAGGGAUUCGAGGCCUUGUUCACCUACGGGGGCAAUGCAACAGCAGUUGGGGACCUUGAGGAAAAGCAAUGACAGGAGAACAGCCGAACAACCCAGCCAGGAGAAGAGAGCUGUAUUCACUCUUUUCAAAAAGCUGGAGGCUAUGGGGGAGAAUCACGGGAAAACUCCUACAGAGCUCGGAAACUACUUCAGCCCACCUAGCAGGGACAGACCAGUAGAGGUGAAGAAGAAAGAAUCUGAAGUUUUGGGUCAAACUAGUGCAGUGAAAUCCUCUGAGGCCAGAGAAGGGAAGCAGCACCAGGAGAAUGUGUACACAGAGCCAGGGGCGCCCCCCAUCAACCCAGUCCCCAAACCCCAACGUACCUUCCAGCAUCCAGCUACUGCCUCUAUUGGGAGGAGUCAGAGGCAGGGGAGAGGGCAGAGGAACCUCCCCCCACUGCCCUCCAUCUCUACUAAAACUUCCUCCAAACCUCCCUCUGGUGUCUACGGGAGACCUAGGGGUGAAAGAGUCAGAGACAGCAUCAACAGGAAAUCCUUUGAGCUUGAAGACCUUGCAAGGUCAACUAGCCCAUUGUUUUCUCGCUCACUGUCUCAGGAACAUCACUAUGAGGAUAUAGACUCGUCCAAAGAGAACCCUUAUGAGGACAUAGAGCUGGAGAGCCAGUGUUCCCAGCAGUCUUUGCCCUCCUCUCCUGGCGCUGAUACUACCAAGACCUCGAGGCCUGGGUUCUUCAGGCAGAACUCAGCCAGGAGCUUUAAGCUGCUGGACCUGCGGAGAAGCAACCAGUCCACCCACAGCACCAGCAGCGGGGGGGUUUCAUCUCCACCCCAGCUCAGCCCUCCUUCCACUCCCACUGGGCCUGAACACACUUCCUGGCUGACUGGGGAUCCCUACAGCCGCACCUGCCGUAGGAUACCAACGGUAGUACUAAGAAUCAACAGCAUCUUUGAGGCUCGGAUCGGGAAGAAACAUCUGCGAAGGAUCUAUCAUUACGCUGAGACAAGCUCAGGGAGAGUAACAGAUGAGAACAGUGACUCUGAGAGUGAAGUUGAAGAAAGAGCAAAAGCUCAACGGCAGCGUCUGGUGUCAGUCCAGUCCAUAUUGAGCCAGCCAAGCAAGUCUCAAGUCCACUACAACGGUACCAACAGCUCUCUGGAACAGGAGCUCCACCAGCGUCAGCUCUUUGAAUAUUUUCUAGUUGUGUCACUGCAUAAGUCGAAAGCUGGAGGCCACUAUCUGCCGGAGGUCACACAGCAGUUCCCACCAAAGCUGGAGCGGAGCUUCAAGUUCAUGAGGGAAACGGAGGAUCAGCUGAGGAUCAUUCCUCAGUUCUGUUUCCCUGAUGCCAAAGACUGGGAGCCGGUGGAGAGCUACCCAAGUGAGAUGUUCGCUUUUGUUUUGACUGGAGAGGAUGGGAGCAGGAGGUUUGGAUACUGCCGGCGUUUACUGCCCAGUGGAAAAGGCAAACGUCUACCGGAGGUCUACUGUAUUGUUAGUCACCUUGGCUGUUUCAACCUGUUCUCCAAGGUGCUGGAUGAGGUGGAGAGGCGGAGGGCAUUGUCCCCUGCCCUUGUGCAGCCUUUUAUGAGAGCCAUCAUGGAGGCUCAGUUCCCAGCUCCAGGCAGAACCAUCACCAUUAAAACCUUCCUACCCGGCUCAGGCACUGAGGUGAUGGAGCUCUGCCGACCGUCAGACUCACGCCUGGAGCACGUGGACUUUGAGUGUCUGUUCUCCUGUCUGAGUCUACGGCUGCUCCUCCGGGUGUUCGGGUCUCUGCUGCUGGAGCGAAGGGUCAUCUUCACCGCUGACAAACUCAGUACUCUCUCUCAGUGCUGCCAUGCUGUUGUGGCGCUGCUUUACCCCUUUGUAUGGCAGCACACUUACAUCCCUGUACUGCCCUCGGCCAUGCUCGACAUCGUCUGCACUCCGACCCCGUUCAUCGUUGGCCUGCUGUCCAGUUCCCUGCCCCAGCUCACUGAGCUACCGCUAGAGGAGGUUCUGGUUGUCGAUCUUGGAAACAGUCGGUUUCUCAGACAGUUGGAUGAUGAGGACUCCAUCCUGCCUUCUAAGCUCCAGUCUGCCCUGGAGAAUGUUCUGGAGAGGAGAAGAGAGCUCGCUAAUGAGAGAGGAGGAGACACACCCAGUGACGCUGGCCAUCUUAGCACCGUUGUUUCCGAGGCCUUUGUCCGUUUCUUCGUGGAGCUGAUAGGCCACUAUCCACUCUUCAUCAUCGGAGAACGGGAAGACGGCUACUCCUCCUCUUCUUCCUCCCCGGUCCCGUGCUCCUUCCAGCGCGAGGGUUUUCGUAAAGCAAUCCCGUCUAAGACUGUGCGCCGCUUCCUGGAGGUCUUCAUGGAGACCCAGAUGUUUGGCUGGUUCAUCCAGGAGAGAGAGCUCCACAGGCAGGCCCUGAGAGGACUGUUUGAAGUGAGGGUGCAAGAGUAUCUAGACUCCAUCCACGAGAAUGAACACCGCAGGGUUAACAGGUUUCUCAAAGGCUUGGGAAACAAGAUGAAGUUUCUGUCCAAGAAAUAAUGGCACUAUAAUGGAACAAAACAGACAAAAACUAAAGAGAAGAACCACUGAAACAAGGAAAGACUUCACAGACUGCUGAAAUUUGACAAAAGAAAUUAUCAUUAAGUGCUUUUUCAGAGACACUUGUCUAUGCCAUCCUCAUCUGUGUCAGUGGUUGAGACUGAGGGUUUUACUCAAGGACUCGUGAUAGACAAUCACAAACUGUUCCCAUCAAUGGAAAAACCUGCUGUAUUUCACAUAAAUAAAGAAACUUGGGACUUUAGACUAACAAAAAAAAUGAAGAGGGAGCUGGUUGGGUCGCUUUUCAGGCAACAGCAUCGAUGAGCACAACACAAUGUAUAAAAAUAAAAUCAGUCUAGGUAUCUUGGUGCGAGCUACAUAUGGCUGACAAAUUAAAGCCCAACCACACAUUAGGUGAAUAAUAUGCUACACACUUUGGUGGUCACCCUUUGUAACUCAUGGUCAUAGUAUUUUCUGAAUCCACUAGGGGGCAGUAGUAUAUUUUUCUCUGAUUAGAUUAUGUUGACACUGAUAGUGACUGACCAGAAAUGACACAGACCCACUUUCCCAUUAUUUAAUGCUUCUAUUUUCUUUUAGUCAUAACAGUGACAACAUCACAACUGCUCGACUCUGUGACAAGUAAAUAAAUAUUCUCUUUCUGUUGUUUUGAAUUGCUGGGUUAUUGUCAUAGUGCUGUCAUGGUUAUUUCCAUUGAAAUAAAUACCCAGGUCUUAUAAAUGA